AUGGCGUUUCUUCUUGGAAGGUGUGGUUCAUUCAAGCAAGGGACUGCAGCUGUCAAAGGCGAAGAAAAGCUCACAGCCACGCCAGCGAGUGGGAGGGCGCCUGAAUUCACUGCCGGAAUCUCGAUUGCACCCUCGGCACUGGACUCAUUACAAACGGUUGACUCAACAGGGCCAGUGCCGCAGUGGCUGAUCAAGUUCAAUGCAUUUGCUGAGGUUGCUGAAGACAAAGCUGAAAAGCUGCAGGCAAUCACCGCGAUGGUGCCUCCCAACCUGAUUGAAAAGUUGGACCUCAUUCCUGCUGUUGGGAACGUCGUCGAGAAUCUGCUUGGGAGCGCCUGGGAGAUAGGCCAGUCUCUGCCCUGGGCUGGCGUCAUCUUCAAGGUGAUGGACAGCAUACACAAGGGGGUGAAGGAAGUGCGCCUCAACAAAGCCAAUUUUGCCAAGCUGCAAUCCGUCAUUGCGCAGAUCCGCGACGUUCUGAAGGAGCCAGAGAUGAGCAAGAGCCUCCAGGGGCUGCCACAGAGCGCUGACUCAGCGCUGCAGAGCUUGGUGCAGUCCCUGGUCGAUGCACACGCGUUCAUGGUGAAGUUCCAGGGGCAGGGCACCAUCAUGUACUUCCUCAGUUUGAGCGGGGGCACGCAGCGCUUUCAAGACCUGAGUGAUGGGAUCAAGGAAGCUUACGAGGCUCUGCGUGCCAUGCUGGACCUUCACACGCACACGCUGCUGAAGAACCUGCACGUGCCAGACUACAAGGAGGACCUGGAAGAGAUCAAGGCACUACAGCGGCAGCUGCUUGAUGACUUCCACAGCGCGUGGGGCAUGGCCAAGCUGCGCUUCGAGCUGUCAGCCACGUGUCAGCUUGUAUUGCAGCAGGGGGACAUCAGCAUGUGGUUCCUCGACAGGGACACGGACGCAAUCGUGAAUCCCACAAACCAGGCCAUGAAACCCGGAGGUGUCGCAUGCAACGGAGUAAUUCAUGCUGGUGCAGGAAAGGAGCUCUGGAGGUACAUUGAAAACAACAUCCCAGUCCGCAAAGAGCACAUGUUACGAUACGAGUGCUGCGACGUCGAGGCACGUUCCGAGCAGCCCGCGCCAGUGAAAGCGCCCUGCCCCAGCUGUGACAAAGUCGCGGAAAGGCGGGGGAAGCUGCAAGAGGUCCGACUGGGAUUUCUGCAGGCGUGCACAACCGAGGGGUUUGGCCUCUUUGCGAGGCGCAUCGUGCACACAGUGGGAAAUGCCUUCAACGGCAUGCGGCGGGACGAGGCGGUCUCACGGAUGCGGACUGUGUACGAAAAUUGUCUCAAGGAGGCAAACAAAGGAGGUUUGAUUCGCUACCUCGCGUUCCCCGCGCUUUCUUGCGGCACAAUUGGACUGCCCCCAAAAUACGCCGCGGAGGUAGCCAUUGAAGCAUGCAAGAAGGAAGCGGGCAAUCUCAAAGAAAUCCACUUUGUGCUGCAAGACAAGCGGGCAUGGGUCGCUUGGAGCACCGUCGCUGCUAACUACAAGCCAGGAACCGAUUCCGGGGACGCAUUCGGAGGCGCCAUUCAGGUGAACAACUUUGGUAACCUCGCUACUAACCACAAGCCAGGAACUCAUUCCACGGACGUCGACCCAUUCGAAGGCACCAUUCAUGCGAAAAAAUUUGACAACCUCCCCUAGGCUGCCGAGCAGAUGGAGGUCCGCAAGAUGCGGCGGCUGGUCACGAGACGUCCGUCAAAUACGGCCUGCCCCAUUCCUGCAUGACUAGCUACUAGUGUGUCUUUUGGAGCAGAGCUCGGUUGUGGAGAGAGUUGUCGUGGGUACCCUUCUGACGUUUCUGUCCAGAAGAGUCGAC